AAAGGGCAGUAGGAAGUUUCUGCUGGGGUCUGGACUUGGAGCUCCAGGGUUGGAUCGGCCCCGUAUGACCCCAACCUAAGAACAAAAGAGACCCCAAAGAGUCUACAUGUCUAAUAUUUAGACAUGUUCAGCUUUGUGGAUUCUCGGUUACUGCUGUUGAUAGCAGCAACUGUACUACUCACCCGCGGGCAAGGAGAAGAAGACAUCCAAACUGGGAGCUGCGUCCAGGAUGGGCUAACGUACAACGACAAGGAUGUGUGGAAACCAGAACCCUGCCAAAUCUGCGUCUGCGACAGCGGCAACAUCCUCUGCGACGAGGUGAUCUGCGAGGACACCUCUGACUGCCCCAACGCCGAGAUCCCCUUUGGAGAAUGCUGCCCCAUCUGUCCCGACACCGACGCCUCUCCUGUCUACCCAGAAAGUGCUGGAGUAGAGGGUCCUAAAGGAGACACCGGCCCCAAAGGAGACAGGGGACUCCCUGGCCCCCCUGGCAGAGAUGGCAUCCCUGGACAGCCUGGUCUCCCGGGACCCCCAGGCCCUCCAGGCCCCCCAGGCCUCGGCGGAAACUUCGCUCCCCAAAUGUCCUAUGGCUACGAUGAGAAAGCCGGGGGGAUGGCCGUGCCUGGGCCCAUGGGCCCAGCCGGUCCCCGUGGUCUCCCCGGCCCUCCCGGUGCUCCUGGUCCUCAAGGUUUCCAAGGUCCCCCUGGUGAACCUGGAGAGCCUGGUGCUUCUGGUCCCAUGGGUCCCCGUGGUCCCGCCGGCCCCCCUGGCAAGAACGGAGAUGACGGUGAAGCUGGAAAGCCUGGCCGCCCCGGAGAGCGUGGUCCCCCCGGCCCCCAGGGUGCCCGUGGUCUCCCAGGCACUGCUGGCCUGCCAGGCAUGAAGGGACACAGAGGCUUCAGUGGUCUGGAUGGCGCCAAGGGUGAGCCUGGACCUGCUGGUCCCAAGGGUGAGCCUGGUAGCCCUGGAGAGAAUGGUGCUCCUGGGCAGAUGGGUCCUCGUGGUCUUCCUGGCGAGAGAGGCCGUCCUGGUCCAUCUGGCCCCGCUGGCGCUCGUGGCAACGAUGGUGCUCCCGGUGCUGCCGGUCCCCCCGGUCCAACUGGUCCUGCUGGUCCCCCCGGCUUCCCUGGUGCUGCUGGUGCUAAGGGUGAAACCGGUCCCCAGGGAGCUCGUGGCAGUGAAGGUCCCCAAGGUGCCCGUGGUGAGCCUGGUCCCCCUGGCCCUGCUGGUGCUGCUGGUCCUGCUGGCAAUCCUGGUGCUGAUGGUCAACCUGGUGCCAAGGGUGCAACCGGUGCUCCUGGCAUUGCUGGUGCUCCUGGCUUCCCCGGUGCCCGUGGUCCCUCCGGACCCCAGGGUCCCAGCGGUGCCCCUGGUCCCAAGGGUAACACUGGUGAGCCCGGUGCUCCAGGCAACAAGGGUGACACUGGUGCCAAAGGCGAACCCGGUCCCGCUGGUGUCCAAGGUCCCCCUGGCCCUGCUGGUGAGGAAGGCAAGAGAGGAGCUCGUGGUGAGCCCGGCCCCGCUGGGCUUCCCGGCCCUGCUGGCGAACGUGGUGCUCCAGGCAGCCGCGGUUUCCCUGGCGCUGAUGGCAUCGCUGGCCCCAAGGGUCCCCCCGGCGAGCGUGGCUCCCCCGGCCCCGUCGGCCCCAAAGGAUCUCCUGGUGAAGCUGGACGCCCCGGGGAACCAGGCCUCCCCGGUGCCAAGGGUCUGACUGGAAGCCCCGGGAGCCCCGGUCCCGACGGCAAGACUGGCCCCCCUGGUCCCGCUGGUCAAGACGGUCGCCCCGGCCCCCCCGGCCCCCCCGGGGCAAGAGGUCAAGCUGGUGUGAUGGGAUUCCCUGGCCCCAAAGGUGCUGCGGGUGAGCCCGGCAAACCUGGCGAGAGAGGUGCUCCUGGUCCCCCUGGUGCCGUGGGUGCUGCUGGCAAAGACGGUGAAACUGGUGCCCAAGGUCCUCCCGGCCCCACUGGUCCUGCUGGAGAAAGAGGUGAACAAGGUCCCGCUGGUGCUCCUGGCUUCCAGGGUCUGCCAGGCCCUGCUGGUCCCCCCGGAGAGGCUGGCAAGCCUGGUGAGCAGGGUGUCCCUGGAGAUGCUGGUGCCCCUGGUCCCGCUGGUGCCAGGGGUGAGAGAGGUUUCCCUGGUGAACGCGGUGUCCAAGGCCCCCCCGGUCCCCAAGGUCCUCGUGGUGCUAAUGGUGCUCCUGGUAAUGAUGGUGCUAAGGGUGAUGCUGGUGCUCCCGGAGCCCCCGGGAACCAAGGACCCCCCGGUCUGCAGGGUAUGCCCGGAGAACGUGGUGCUGCCGGCCUGCCAGGGGCCAAGGGUGACAGAGGUGACCCAGGUCCCAAAGGUGCUGACGGUGCUCCUGGCAAAGACGGUCUCCGAGGUCUGACUGGUCCCAUCGGCCCCCCCGGCCCUGCUGGUGCUCCUGGUGACAAGGGGGAAGCUGGUCCCCCCGGUCCUGCUGGUCCCACUGGUGCCCGUGGUGCUCCCGGUGACCGCGGCGAGCCUGGCCCUCCUGGUCCUGCUGGAUUUGCUGGCCCCCCUGGUGCUGACGGCCAGCCUGGUGCUAAAGGUGAAACUGGAGAUGCUGGAGCGAAGGGUGAUGCUGGUCCCCCCGGCCCUGCUGGCCCCACUGGUGCUCCUGGACCUGCUGGUGCUGUUGGUGCUCCUGGUCCCAAAGGUGCUCGUGGAAGCGCUGGACCCCCUGGUGCUACUGGUUUCCCUGGUGCUGCUGGACGAGUUGGACCCCCCGGCCCCUCUGGGAAUAUCGGCCUCCCCGGCCCCCCUGGCCCCAGCGGGAAGGAAGGUGGCAAAGGACCCCGUGGUGAGACUGGCCCUGCUGGCCGCCCCGGUGAGCCAGGACCUGCUGGACCCCCUGGACCCCCUGGCGAGAAGGGCUCUCCUGGUGCUGAUGGCCCCAUUGGUGCUCCUGGCACUCCCGGACCCCAAGGUAUCGCUGGCCAGCGCGGUGUCGUUGGUCUCCCCGGACAGAGAGGAGAGAGAGGCUUCCCUGGGCUGCCUGGCCCCUCUGGUGAACCUGGCAAACAAGGUCCUUCUGGUUCCCCCGGUGAGCGCGGCCCUCCUGGCCCCAUGGGGCCCCCUGGCCUGGCUGGACCCCCUGGAGAAGCUGGACGUGAGGGUGCUCCUGGUGCUGAAGGUGCCCCUGGCCGUGAUGGUGCUGCUGGUCCUAAGGGUGACCGUGGUGAGACCGGCCCUGCUGGCCCCCCUGGUGCUCCUGGUGCCCCUGGUGCUCCCGGCCCCGUUGGUCCUGCUGGCAAGAACGGAGAUCGUGGUGAGACUGGUCCCCAAGGUCCUGCUGGUCCCCCUGGUCCUGCUGGUGCUCGUGGUCCUGCUGGCCCACAAGGUCCCCGUGGUGACAAAGGUGAAACCGGUGAACAGGGUGACAGAGGCAUGAAGGGUCACAGAGGCUUCUCCGGUCUCCAGGGCCCACCUGGUCCUCCCGGCUCUCCUGGUGAACAAGGUCCUUCUGGUGCUUCUGGUCCUGCCGGUCCACGAGGUCCUCCUGGUUCCGCUGGUGCUGCUGGCAAAGAUGGUCUCAAUGGGCUGCCCGGCCCCAUCGGCCCCCCCGGCCCCCGUGGUCGCACUGGAGAUGUCGGCCCUGCUGGUCCCCCUGGCCCACCCGGCCCUCCUGGUCCUCCUGGACCCCCCAGUGGUGGAUUCGACUUCAGCUUCCUGCCCCAGCCACCCCAGGAGAAGGCCCACGACGGCGGGCGCUACUACAGGGCUGACGAUGCCAACGUGAUGCGCGACCGUGACCUGGAGGUGGACACCACCCUCAAGAGCCUGAGUCAACAGAUUGAGAACAUCCGCAGCCCUGAGGGCACCCGCAAGAACCCUGCCCGGACCUGCCGCGACCUGAAGAUGUGCCACGGCGACUGGAAGAGCGGCGAAUACUGGAUUGACCCCAACCAAGGCUGCAACCUGGACGCCAUCAAGGUCUACUGCAACAUGGAGACGGGUGAGACGUGCGUCUACCCAACCCAGGCCACCAUCGCCCAGAAGAACUGGUACCUCAGCAAGAACACCAAGGAGAAGAAGCACGUCUGGUUCGGCGAGACGAUGAGCGAUGGCUUCCAGUUUGAGUAUGGCGGUGAGGGCUCCAACCCCGCCGACGUUGCCAUCCAGCUGACCUUCCUGCGCCUCAUGUCCACCGAAGCCGCCCAAAACAUCACCUACCACUGCAAGAACAGUGUUGCCUACAUGGAUCAGGACACUGGCAACCUGAAGAAGGCUCUUCUACUCCAAGGUGCCAACGAGAUCGAGAUCAGGGCUGAAGGCAACAGCCGCUUCACAUACAGCGUCACCGAGGAUGGCUGCACGAGUCACACCGGUGCAUGGGGCAAGACAGUCAUCGAGUACAAGACGACGAAGACCUCUCGCCUUCCCAUCAUUGAUUUGGCUCCUAUGGACGUCGGCGCUCCAGACCAGGAAUUCGGCAUCGACAUCGGCCCCGUCUGCUUCUUGUAAACCGGACACCCCCUCCCCCCGAAAGCGUGACAGGAGAGAGUAAUAAUAAUGAUAAUAAUAAUAAAAAAAAGAAAAAAAAACAGCCAAAAAAAAAGGAGAAAAUUUCACAUGGACUCUAAUUUGUGUCGGUUUUCUAUCCAGCGUCUCUAAAAGAAAGAAAAGAGAAAAACCUAAAAAGCCCUCCCCAAAGAGAAAAAAAGCAUUAAACC